CCCAGCCGCGCCCCCGCGCGCAGCUCGCGGCCCCGGCCAUGGAUCUGGGCGGAUCCGGGGCUCAGCGGAGCUAAGGCGGCGGCGCCCGCCCGCGCAGCCCGCUCGCCGGCGCCUGGCUCUCACAAUGAUGAAGAAGAAGAAGUUUAAGUUUAAGGUGGACUUCGAGCUCGAGGAGCUCUCCUCGGUACCCUUCGUCAAUGGGGUCCUCUUCUGCAAGAUGCGGCUGCUGGACGGCGGCAGUUUCACCGCGGAGUCCUCCAGGGAAGUGGUUCAAGCAAACUGCGUUCACUGGAGAAAGAAGUUCUCAUUUAUGUGCAAAAUGAGUGCCAGUGCUGCCACAGGAAUCCUCGACCCAUGUAUCUACAGAGUAUCUGUGAGGAAGGAAUUAAAAGGUGGAAAAGCUUAUGCAAAGCUGGGCUUUGCAGAUCUAAACCUGGCAGAGUUUGCUGGAUCAGGAAAUACCACUCGUCGCUGUUUACUGGAAGGCUAUGAUACCAAAAAUACAAGGCAGGAUAAUUCCAUUCUUAAAGUUUUGAUCAGUAUGCAGCUGAUGUCUGGUGACCCAUGUUUUAAAACACCUCCCUCUACAUCGAUGUCAAUACCAAUUGCUGGUGAAUCUGAGUCUCUGGAAGAAGACAGGAAAGGUGGAGAGACUCUCAAAGUCCAUCUUGGAAUAGCAGAUCUUUCAGCAAAAAGUGCCUCUGUUCCAGAUGAACUUGGUGCCUGUGGACAUUCCAGAACAUCAAGCUAUGCAAGCCAGCAGUCAAAAGUAUCAGGGUAUAGCACAUGUCACUCCCGGUCAUCAAGUUUCUCUGAGCUCUGCCACAGGAGAAAUACCUCAGUGGGAAGUACAUCAACAGGAAUUGAAAGUAUUCUAGAGCCAUGUGAUGAAAUUGAGCAAAAAAUAGCUGAGCCAAAUCUUGAUGCAGCUGAUAAAGAAGAURUAGCCUACGAAAAACUCAACAGAUGCCCAAUGAACCAGGAUUCUGUAGAAUCUCAGAUGAAGCGAGUUGAUGACACCAGAGUGGAUGCAGAUGAUAUUGUGGAAAAAAUAUUACAAAGUCAAGACUUCAGCCUAGAUUCCAGUGCAGAAGAAGAAGGACUGAGGUUAUUUGUGGGUCCUGGAGGAAGUACAACCUUUGGCAGUCAUCAUCUUCCAAACAGGGUGGGGUCUGGAGCUUAUGAACAAGUUGUGAUCAAACGCUAGCAGUCAAGCCGGAGAUCUGAAGCUUCCCUGUGGAUUUAAAGUGUGGGCAGUUGAUGUAUGGAGGCAUUUUAGUCGAGCACUUAAAAGGAAUCUGUGAACCUCAUCUGUCAAGAAGAAAGCCAAUGCUGAUUUCGUCUCCAAAAGCGCCCACCUUCCCCACCCAGUGAGAAGGAACAUCUGAAUGGUAUUCUCAAGGCAGUGUGCCAGAGUGUGCCUUGGAGGUGCACUGCUCCUGUGGCCACUGCACAUGACAGUGAAAAACUGUUCUUUCUUUCAAAAUACCCAAUGGGAAAACAGCACYAGAUAUGUCUGAGUAUAAUUUUAGUAUUCAAGAGUAAAAUCUGUGAUAGAGGUGCUCAAUAGAUUGGGCUGUAUGUUUUUUAUUUUAAUUUUACAUUUUAGAUAUAAGUGAAUAUAAUUUAAAUUUAAACCCUAUAAAUUCUGUCAAGAUAGUUAUUAAGUCCUCUUAAGGAAAUAUUCCAUAUUAUACUACCUAAGGUAUUAUACUGUUUAUUAACUCAUUUUGAUGCAAUAAUUGAUAUAAARUGUGGGUGUUCAUGCUUUGGGAAAAUGUUUUACUACAAUAACAUAAAAUGCUUAAAAUUAUUAUAAAUAUAUCAGUCAUAAAUCAAAUGACAAGUGUGUUUUAAGUCUGAGGUAGGUAAAUGGAUGUGAUGUUGUUGUUAUGUGGUAUAUAGUAUUGUUAUUUGUCAUUAACAUUAGAUGAGCUGCAGAAUCCCCACUAGCACUAUACGUGAAGAUUUAAAAUAAGCUUAAUAUUCAAUGUGUUAGGCCACCAUAAGGCACCCAAACAGAAGAACUAUUUUAAUUCACUGAAUUAAGACCUGCUGGUUUCAACAGUCAAAAUUUASAACAUGAGGAAAAUUGUGAUAUGAUCUGAAACAGAGCAUCCCUUUCUAUGAAAAUUCAGGCUUGUCCAAAGCUGAAACUUAACUCUGACAUGGUAGUGGGUAGAAAAUAGGAAACAGCUACUUAACAUUACUGAGCUAAAGGAUUGGUAGUUUUCCAUUUUAGCUUCCUAAGGUCAGAUAUUAUGUUUUCUUUUUUACUAUAUCAAAAAUUAAUUGUUUUGAGGCAAGAGUAGACUGUAAUAUACAUCAAAUAUGGCUUUAAAAUAUGAAUAUCUYGUCUGGUUUCAGUUUCACAGCACAGCAUAUAAACUUUAGAGGUUUUCUGCUCUAAUAUGACCGUCUCCAUGUGGAAAGAUCAAAACCUUCYUGGAAUCAAAUAAAAACUCAGUCACUGAAGAAAAACAGAUUCCUUAGAACCAUUGAUGUCCCAGUCCUUAAUUUCGAAAUCAUGUUCAAGAAAGAAAAUGUCAGAAUAAAACUGGUCUAGCUUUCAUGUUGGCAAAAUAUCCAAAUUUAAAGGUUUGGAAAAAAACAGAAAAGUUCAUGUUACGAACUUUUUUUUUUUAAUUUCAAAGA